CAGUCAUGUGAUCAGCUGUGUCCAAUCACAGCUGAUCACAAAUCAUCAGGGCACUGAUGAUCAGUGUGCCCUGAUGAUCAGUGUAGCCCCAGCAGUGCCACCUGUCAGUGUCCAUCAGUGCUCAUCAGUGUCACAUAUCAGUGCCCAUCUGAGCUGCCUUUCAGUGUCACCUAUCAUUGCUGCCAAUCAGUGCCACCUGUCAGUGCCGCCUUUCAGUGCCGCUUAUCAGUGCCCAUCACUGCAGCCUCAUUAGCGCACAUCAGUGAAGGAGAAAAAUCACUUAUUUACAAAAUUGUAUAA